AUGCAUCCAGGCUGGCUUGCUUUGAGCGCCGUGGCACUCAGCCAUUUGGGCUCCAUCGCACGCCUCCGCCACGGCAGCGCCCCUUCAUUGGCGCCCGCGAGUGAUGCCUCGCCAGUUCGGCCGGCUGGUGGCCUUGCUGGGGUUGGGCGCGCCAUUCGGCAGAUUGAGGUGAAGGCGGGCUUGGCCACCAUGGCUGCUGUUCUUUUCGUCACCCGCGGGAAGCUCCUGGGCGCCGGGGCGCCCUCGGCGCGCUGUGCCACGGACGCGGCGAGCGCGGCGGCGCCGUUCGGGUGCAUCGAGGAGGGCGCGACGGAUCCCUCGCUGCUCGUGCAGACCAACGUGAAGUUGGGAGACAAGAAGAUGGAGUUUAUGAAGGCUGCAUCCAAGGCAGUGGCAAACUGCCUGGGGAAGCCUGAGAGCUAUGUGGCAGUCUUGGUGCAGGAUGGGCAGGACAUGAUUUGGGGUGGCAGCGAGGCGCCGUGCGCCUUGUGCAAGGUCAUUUCUUUGGGCUCCAUCAACAAGGAGAACAACGGCGCGCUGACCAAAGAGAUCUCCGCGCUUUUGGCGGACUUCGAUGUUGCGCCCAACCGACUCUCGAUGUCGCAAGUCACAGUGCUCCCCACUGAGCGGUGUUUCUCUUUUGUGCAUUUGCAGAUGGCGAGUGAGGAGGUGUUUGUUUGGAUCUUCUAG